GGUGUUGACGUGUGACGUUGUUACACAACGCUGAACCCGGAAGCGUGGUGUUUGUUGCAGUUUGCUGUGAUGGAGAAAGAUGACCGGAUUGUGGAGAAGAUUCGGGGCGACUUUGUGUCCAAUGGUGUCCCAAAGUAGAGCUGUGUUUAAUGUGUCCAAUGUGUCCCAAAGUAGAGCUGUGUUUAAUGUGUCCAAUGUGUCCCAAAGUAGAGCUGUGUUUAAUGUGUCCAAUGUGUCCAAUGUGUCCAAUGUGUCCAAUACGUUAUUAAACUGUAAACCUGUGGGGAGAAAUCACAGCCUGAGCCGAGGGUUAAACAGCCGAAAACUGGUCCGUGAUGGUGAGGACAGGAAACCAGUGAUUUGCAUAGAAGGGAACAUUGCGAGUGGAAAGACGACGUGUCUGGAGUAUUUCAGCAAAACCAGCAACAUUGAGGUUCUGACUGAGCCAGUUUCCAAAUGGAGAAACGUUCGAGGACAAAAUCCACUGGCUCUGAUGUAUGAUGACCCGUCUCGGUGGGGUCUCACGCUGCAGACGUACAUUCAGCUCACAGUUCUGGAUCAUCACUUGUCUAAGAUUACAGCACCAGUCAGGAUGAUGGAGAGAUCUCUGUACAGCGCUAAAUACAUAUUUGUUGAAAAUCUUUAUAAAAGUGGGAAGAUGCCUGAGGUGGACUACGCCGUCCUGAGCGAGUGGUUCGAGUGGAUCAUCAGUAACAUCUCCAUUCCUGUGGAUCUGAUUGUUUACCUCCAGACGUCUCCUCAGAUAUGUUUUGAUCGUCUGAAGCAGAGAUGCAGAAAAGAAGAAAAAGUCAUUCCUCUGGAGUACCUGGAGGCUCUCCAUGGUCUGUAUGAGGACUGGCUGAUAAAUCAAACUUCAUAUAAUGUUCCUGCUCCUGUGCUGGUGAUCCCGGCUGAUCAUGAUCUUCAAAAGAUGCUCCAUCAGUACGAGGAGAACAGAGAGAAGAUCUUCACUGUGCCUCGAGCUUCAUGAAGAGAAACACAGAGGCAGCGUUUGUUUCCUGCCCUGUUUUAACAUUAAUGGUGUGUGUGUGUGUGUGUGUGUGUGUGUGUGUGUAGUAGGUUAACAACAAUAACUAAUAAUUUAAUAUAUAAUUAUCAGUGAUAAUAAUUUAUUAUGAAUAUUUUGACCAUCUGUGAAUCAGUUUGAAUCAUGAUUCAUCAGACCAAUUGAUUCGAUGUGAAGUCAGAUUUUUUAAACACGAGUUGUUUUCUGUACAUUUACUUCAAAGUGUAUUUAAAUGUUUCUGUGGGAGGAGUUUCAUCACCACAGUCAGAAUCUCUGUAACACACACACACACACACACACACACACACACACACACACACACACACACACACACACACACACACACACACUUUCCCUCACUGUUUACUUCUUUUAGAUUACUAUUUAUUUUUCUCACUCGUAUAUUAAUUACUCAUUAUUAUUUAUUUGUCUUUUUUUUAUUAAGUUACAGAAACAUUCCACUCGUCAUCCUGUUUAACAGAAACUUAAAACACAAGACUUUUAUAAGCUUUAUUUAGAAACAGACUUUUUACACUGAACUUUAAUAAACUGGAGAGAAAAGGA